ACAAAAUAUUGUGUAUUAUGAUUGUGAUGAUAUUCACAUGUGUAGUUCAGAUGCCUAGCACAGUGCCACCAUCUGGCCAAGCAGGAAAUGGGGAAAAAAUGUUCAAUUCAUUGAUGGAUUGAUCUGAAACUUUACAAAGUAUUGGAUAUUGUGAGUCUGAUGAUAUCACAUACAAUUCUGUGCACACUCAUACACACACUGUCAUGCAUAUUUAUGCAUACACUCUCUCAAGUAUGCACUCACAUGCACACGCAACAUCUAUGAGCGCAUACUCUCUCACACACACACACACACACACACACACACACACACACACACACACUUUCUUUCCCUUUGACACAGAGACACACACACACACACACACACAGUAAUGGUGGAGCUCCAGCGGAGCACCAUACCUAAGAAAAAAUGGUAAACCUAUCGAGUCGAGUUUUUGUGGUGUGUACGUGUACCACCAGUCAUACACACCGCCUAGUGGCCAGUGUUAGUAAUUACCAGUCAUACACGCCGCCUAGUGGCCAGUGCUAGCCAGUAAAGAAAUAAAACAAAAGAGACUGGCUAGGAUAUAAGAAAAUUCUACAACCCAGAAACAGAUGGGAGCUCCACUUUUAGGCAGUGCCUAAAUCUAUGCAUUAGUGACCUGCCAUCAUUGUGCAUUUUGUUGCAGACAUAUGAAAACUCUGCAUGUACACACACACUGCAGACACAGGAAAGCUAAGAUGACUUAAGAUUACAGCGUGAGAUAGAGAUAAGGAGGAGACACAUGUAUAGUUUUGUACACAUAGAAAUGUACAUUUUCACACCACAGAAACACACUUAGUCUUUGUCUAUCUCUCAUCCGUCAAGCAGUCAUGGCAUUUGCAACAUGCACAUCACCUUUGAACAUUUGAUGAAUAUAUGACAUGUGACUGUUUUGUUGGGUGGCGGAAUGUCCCGGGUUGUGGAACCACACGUGCGAGGGCCCGUCAAGGCCGUUAGCGGCUUUAAUUACUAGGCCCGUAACGGUACAUGCAUUCGUACCGGACCGUUGGAAAACAGACCUUCGGUACGGUACAGUGCUGUACCGAACGAGUACAGUCAGUUUAUAUGUUUUUAUAUGCUGCCACUACAUGUGGCUCUUUAAUAUUCAUGAGGAUACCUGUACGUGAUUGGAGUAGUAAAGGGAAGACUCUUUUUAAUAUUUAUAAAAAAACUCGUUCGUGAUUCGUGCUCUUGUGACCAUGUGGAGGUCACUUCGCACAGCAAACCAAUCAGACGAGCCUUUCCCAACCACUCUUCAAAAAACUUUAGCGAGGUGCCAGCUUGUGUUGUAUCAGAGAAUGGUGUAUCUGAUUUGACAUUAUGGCUACUGCUAGCGACCAACCGGAGCUAGAAGAUCCUCCCCUGUUGUUAAAAUCUCCCGUUUGGGAACACUUCGGUUUCCCAGUGAAAUACUGCAACGGAGAAAGACAAGAGGACAAAACAAAGGCGGUAUGUCGACACUGUUUUACUGGGGUUGGCUAUUUUUCGGGCAACACGUCAAACAUGCUAACUCACCUGAAACGGUACCACCCAAGUGUUAAGAUUACCGCGACAAGGAAAAAAACCCACCGUAGUGCAAACGCAGCUGACUUCUGCAUUCAAGCACCCUCUCCCUGGCAAUUCAGAUCAGGCUAAAGCCAUAACAGCAUCCAUUGGCGUCUUUAUAGCAUCGGAUCUAAGACCGUAUUCAGUUGUUGAGAAUGCUGGAUUUAAACACAUGCUAAAGGUGACUGAACCAUGCUAUCAAGUCCCCAGUCAUCCACAUUUCAGCCAGAAAGUCAUUCCAGACCUUUAUGAACAAACCAAAGCUACUGUCAUCGAAGACUUAUCAAAAGCAUGUGCGAUAGCACUCACAACUGAUGGAUGGACAUUCAGAGCUAACGAGAGCUAUAUAACAGUGACUGCCCAUCACAUCACCCCUGAGUGGAAGAUCGCUAGCCACGUCCUGCAAACAAGGGCUAUGUACGAACAACACACCAGCGCAAACCUAUCAGAGGGACUGAGGUGGGGUUUACAUUAGACCGUAUCAGCGGCUCAUCAGAUUAACGUUUUUAAAAUGAUUAGCGUGCACACAGCAACGCCAAUACACGGAUACGCUAAUCACAUGACUAAUUAGACGGCACGUAAGUUGAAAUGUGUAAUGUGUAAAUUUCUCCUCAGCGGCUCAGCUCCGCAGGCAUCCUGCGCUCCAAAUCACUCCGCCCUGAACAGCGAGUGCCCUCGGGAAGGUGCGCACUCCGGCCCUGCGCAGCUCACAGAGCGCGCGAGUGAAGCGCACGAGCAAUGAUUCGGGACUGAGCCGCUGUGUGUGUGAUCCCAGUGCAUAUCAGGCAUGCGCAAGUCACUUACCACUUGCAAGUGGAAGGAUGGCAAGCCUAAAGACAAUCAUAACUACACAAUGGGCAGUAUUUGCAUCAGUAUUUGCAGUAUUUUCAUACUUUUAUACUCUUUAAUGAAAGGUGAUACAAGGCGGAAGUCCGCGCCGUUUUUCAGCAGUCGCGUCACAUGACCAACGCCAGCGAAUCAGGAGGGUGGAUGUCACAGUGACGUUGUCCAAUGACGACAUCAGCUAGAGCUCAGCACAGCGUAUCCGCGUAUCCUCAAUGUUUACACAGCACCGGACCAGACACGAACUGGGUUGAAUACGUGGGCCCUGGCGGAUUCCCGUUUCCCGGUGUUUUAAUGUGAACGGACAGUGCAUCCGCGAAGAAAACGAGACAGAUACGGUCUAAUGUAAACUUGGCCUGAAAGAGACCGCGUUGGAGUGGAAAUUGGAGAGGCCAGGAACAACAAUUGCCGGAACAACAGACAACGCCCGGAAUAUAGUAAAUGCCGUGAUUGAAGCUGGAAUGGGCCCCCAAAUUGGGUGUUUCGCACACACCAUUAAUCUCGCCUCUCAGAAAGCAACAGGUCUCAACCAAAUAGCCAGACUGCUAGGUAAAGUGAGACGCGUCGUGUCUUUCACCGUAGCCCAACAGCUGCACACAUACUAGAGCGCAAACAAGAGAUGCUUAGUCUGGCGAAACACUGUCUUAUUCAGGACAUGACCACCCGAUGGAAUUCAGGUUAUGACAUGCUUGAAAGAUACCUGGAGCAACAGGCAGCAGUCUACACGGCACCGACAGAACAGGCUCUGAAGAAAAAGGAAAUCAGCACCUUGUCUGACCAAGAGGUGAAAAUGGCUGAGGAAGUAAUUGUCGUCCUGAAGCCAUUAAAGACUCUCACAACACUCAUAAGCGCCGAAGCUACACCUUCAGCAUCCAUGAUCCUGCCCCUCAAAGCCACAGUUCUCUACUCUAUGGAGCCAAAUAAUGGAGACAGCACCACAGUGACCCAAGUCAAGGCUGCAAUCAGGGAAAACCUGGAGGACAGGUACUCUUCUUGUCAAGACUUCCUCCACAAAUGCACAGCACUUGACCCAAGGUUUAAACCUCUUCCUCAUGUGGAUGAUGCCUGCUGUGACAGGAUCUACAACAGCCUCAUCGCCGAGAUUGUGGCCAUGGAAGAAGAGCAUGAGGAGGCCAAAGGGACAGCAGCAGCCGCUUCAUCCACACACACAGGACACCCAGAGGCAUCUGAGUCACCUCCUCCAGUCAAGAGGUCAGCGAUGGCCGAACUGUUUGGUGAGCUCUUCCAGACUCGGGUAAGAGACAAGGAUACUUUGCAGUUGGUCAAAGAAGAGGUUGCUGCAUACAAGGCAGUGAGCAGUAUCUCAGUAGACUCAGACCCACUUCUAUGGUGGAAGACCAAUGAGCCCAUAUAUCCCCUCAUUGCCAAGCUGGCAAAGUGCUACCUUGCCAUUCCUGCUACCUCGGUCCCUAGCGAGAGGGUAUUUUCAACCGCUGGGGACAUUGUAACUGCCAGCAGAUCUGCCCUCACAGCGGACAAUGUGGACAAACUUAUUUUCCUCGCAAAAAAAUAUGAAGAUGGAGUAAAAUUGCUUACUGGAAUACUGGAACUGAGUGCUGCACUUUACAUGUUGAAAACUUUUGUUUACUGUUUAAAAGGAAUUAAUUAUUUUUAAUUUCAAACAUUGGUGGUUAAUCAUUUGAGAAUAUUUCAUUUAAUUUACUGGUACCA